GAUCUGAUUCGUACACACUCGGGAUAUGACAUUUGGGUAACUGGGCACUCACUGGGAGGUGCAUUGGCAUCUUUGGUGGCAUCUUAUUUGGUGGAGUCAGGAAAUGCAGAAAUGUCAAGAAUAAAGUUAAUGACGUUUGGCCAGCCCAGGACAGGCGACCAAAAAUUUGCUGAAAGUGUCAAUAAGAUGAACUAUGCAUUCCGCGUCAUCCAUGACAAUGAUUUGGUACCUCAAGUCCCACCCAAAAAGUUCGGAUACACCCACCAUAAAAAGGAGGUUUACUAUGGGCAAACCAUGGAAAACGGGAUCUUCAAAGUGUGCAAUAAAGAUGAAUGCGGCGGUCAAUUUAUGCCAGACGCUGAAAUUUUCGGAGACCAGAGAGUCCAUAGUGGAGGAGCUGAAAAUGAAGAUACUGACAAUGAUCGCUAUUCCAUAAGCGUAGGGGCAUUUACGCAAGUACUAAAUUCAUCCCAAGCAUCGUCACCCGACUUGGAAAGCAGAUUCGAGCUUGCGUUUGAAGGCGCACCUUAUACAAGUCUUCCAUUAUGUCUGCGAUGCGAAAUCCUUCACUAG